AUGGGUCAAAGUCAAGGAGGGCAAUCAACUGUAACCCAAAUUCCUAAUACAACUAAUAGGGGCCUACAUGGGACAGAAGGUGUAACUGAUAGUGAAGCUGACAAUAAACAAGAAGAAGAUGAUAGUGAACAAGAAGAUGAUAACGGACAAGAGGAAGAACAAGUGGCUGAUAAAGAUAAUGAACAAGAGGAAGAUAGUAAUACUGAAGAAGAAGAAAGUGAGAAGGAUGAUGAACAAGUGACUGAUAAGGAGCCUAAAAAAGGUUCAAUGGAUCAGCAACAAUAUGAUGAUUAUGGGAUAUACUUCACUGAAGAAUCAAGUGAAGGUGAGGAUCUAUUUAAUGUACAGGCUAUGCAGAGAGCUAAAUCAACUUUAGAUGAUCUUAACAGUGGGUCAGGCCGUCAGGUCAAGGAACAACAGGAUAAGAAAUCCACUGUAGCUAAAGAUAAAGGCAAAGAAGCAAUGAAAGAUGUACAUAAAAAUGCUGAGGAAGAACUAAGUGAUGGGUUGCACUCUCUCCCACCUUCAGAUGAUGAUACUUGUAGGCCUUCCAGGGGUGCUGAAUUUGAUGCAAAUACCAUGGAUGAUCCUCAGUUAAAAGUGGGGUUAUUGUUCAAGGAUGUGCAUCAAUUCAAGAAAGUAUUGAAAAAUUAUACCAUCAAGGACAGUAGAGAUAUAGCAUUUAUCAAGAAUGAGAAAACUAGAGUAACUGUUGAGUGUAAGCAGAGAUGUGGGUGGAGGCUUCAUGCUUCUCAAGUUACUGGGGAGACGUCAUUCCAGAUUAAAACUUUUAAGAAAGCUUAUAAAUGUGGAAAAAGUUUUAUGAACAAACAAGUCACAGCAAAAUGGUUGAGCAAGAAAUAUAUGGAGAACUUGAGGUCUGAUUCUGAUUAA